AUGGGGGACGAUAUGUAUUAUCUGAAGUUGGCAAAUGGUUGGCUUCUAGAUCGUAUCAUUGCUAGAUUCCCCUGCGGCAUCAGACAGUACACUAUGGUGGAGUUCAAUGACCCAACUGUUGGCCCUGUUAGGAUAACAUAUUCAAAAGACGAGUUUGCUUAUUUCUUCAAUAACCUCGAGGCCUAUGAUGGGGGCGACUGUCCAGAACUGGCAAUAGCGGGACUGAAGCUGGCUUUGGAGAACUCGCCAGAUAAAUCUUUCAUUUUAGUACUGACGGAUGCAUCCGCAUUAGAUUAUAAUAAUGCUAGUCUUGUAAAUGAAGUAUACCGUCUUUUAGAUACAACCCAGUCACAGGUUUUCUUUGUGGUGACUGGACUUUGUGGCUCUCUAAAUGAUCCGGAUUUCCUUAUUUAUAGAGACAUAGCAUCAAGGAGCUUUGGACAUGUCUUUCAAGUCAAUGCAGCUGAUUUAAAUAUAGUGUUCAAUUACUUGGACUUCACACUGUCAAAGCCGGUAAACAAUUCCAAAGCUCUAUUCUCCGGAGACUAUGAAGAUGGAAAGAAUUCCGAUAGUUUUACGGUUUCCGAUAACUUCACUUCUUUACUGGUGACAUCAGAUGGAGUGAUUUCCUCUCUGGAAAUAUCAGGACCUGACAGUAAGACGAAUAUCAAGACACUUGUGAAUGAGACCUGGGGUUCCAUAUACAUCAUAAAAGAUCCUGUUAGAGGAAACUGGACCAUUGAGGUUGAAGGAAGCGGAAAAUAUUCUGUUCGAGUGGAAGGUUUAAUCUUUAUGUCUCAAUCAGCUACUUUAAACUGCUCGAAAUGUCACCCCGAAGCUACAUGUGAAGACUACUUUGGCUACCUCCAAUGUUCCUGCAAGGACGGGUUUAUAGGAGACGGCUUUUACUGCUCUGAUGUUGAUGAAUGCGCCUAUUACUGGUCAAAUAAAUGCGGUUAUUACACUUGUGUAAACACAUAUGGUUCAUUCUACUGCACGUGUCCAUCUGGCUACCACAAUGACAGCGGAGCUGGAUGUGUUGAUAUAGAUGAGUGCUCUAACCCUGGACUUAACAACUGCACUGGAAAUGCCACAUGCACCAAUACCAUUGGCUCUUAUACAUGUGUGUGUGCCCCCGGUUACUUUGGGGAUGGCUUCUCCUGUGAAGUGGAUGAGUGUGCCCUUGGUGUUUGUGGUUCUGAUAUGGAAUGCUCUAAAUACUAUGGUUCCUAUUCUUGCCAUGAUCCAUGCCUCACAUACACUACACUUAGUGAACCAUGGAGAAGCACUUCCUAUACAUAUUCUUCUUCUUCUUAUUAUUAUGAUUAUUAUUGGCACUGUGACUCUGACAAGUUUGGAUGGUACCGAUUUGUAGGCAGUGGAGGCGUCAAAAUGCCGGAAUCCUGUGUUUCUGAAUACUCGUGUGGCACAUUGGCUCCAAUGUGGCUCCAGGGAUCACAUCCCCUCAUCUCAGAUGGGAUUGUAAAUCGUACAGCCUGUGCUUCCUGGAGUGGAUAUUGCUGCUUGUGGUCAACAACAGUGCAGAUUAAAUCCUGUCCGGAUAAUUACUACGUGUACAAGUUAAGCGGAACACCCGCUUGCAGUUUAGCUUACUGUACAGAUCCGUCCUCUGUCACUGAUGUCUGUGCAUGUGCAGAGACAGAACAAUGCUCCUUGGUUGAUGGGAAAUAUGGAUGUUACUGCAAAGAUGAAUAUAAAAUUUCUGAUAUUUCAGAAAUACGCCCGAUAAUUACCUGCGGAGCACAUGACAUGAAGGUCUCGUUCCUAAAAUGUCAGCUAAAAAGUCAAGAUAUUGAUGUCAAUAAGCUAACCAUUGCAAACAUCGGCUGUUAUACUCUUCAAGAUGACAUUGUCAAUGGAACGUACUCAAAAUCUACAUAUUAUGCUACUUUUCUCAACACAAUAGACAUUACAUUAGGGUCCAGUGAUGAUUCGUCUAUACCACAGGAAUUGGCUGUUCAAAUGAAAUGUUCUUAUCCUCUUGACCUACAACUUAGCCUUAACACUGCAAUUAAUCCCAUGGUUAGUGUAAUAAACAUUGUCACAGAAGGUACCGGGCAGUUUAAAAUCUCCAUGGCACUUUUCCAAGAUGCCUACUACACUCUUCCCUAUACAGCACCUGUAGUUGAGAUGCCAAGCAAAUCUUUACUGUAUGUUGGUGUCUAUCUCGAUGGGCCCGGAAAUUCCCCAUACAUUGUACUGAUGAAAAACUGUUUUGGGACCCCGACAAACAACAUAAAUGACACCAUAAAAUACUCUAUCAUCAAAGACAGCUGUCCUAACAAGCAAGUCUCAACAGUCAGUGUUCCCGCCAAUGGUGUUUCCAAUGAAGGUCGCUUUUCCUUGCAGCUAUUUAAGUUUAUCACCGGUUACAGCCAAAUCUAUCUACACUGUGAGAUAAAUCUGUGUGAUCCCACGACAAACAUCUGCACUCCAUCAUGUUCUGAUGCUAGAAGUGCCGGUGUAAAAUCUGCCGGUCAGGACUACAGCAUAAGUGUGGGACCAGUUAGAGUUGUGUCUGAGAUAUCAGGAUCCCAAAGGGGAGCUUUCUGUUCUCUCCUAGACAGACGAAUCUUUCAAGCCUCCCACUUCAUGGUGAAUGGUUCCUGGAUCCUCAUUGAGCUUCUUACCGCUCUGGAUGAUGGUACCGGACACCGGCCCUACUACAAAAGUACUAUCCUGGGGUCUCAGCUGUUUGUCGGGAGUAGGCAGCAUGCUUCACAUCUUUUGGACAUGCCCGCGACUAUCGCAUUUCUGGUCUUUGGUCCGUACCAUAGUUCAGACGUUCACGGAUACGGAUCUUCCAGAUGA